GUCAGCUUGAAUCGUACGCACGCACCUACCGCUCCACGAUGUCCACAAAUAGCAGCCAGAUGCCGUCCGCCCGGGAGCUAUACAGCCUGGACAAUCCCAUCUUCUGUUGCUAUGUGUUUUGGGCCACGGUGCUGGUGGCCAAGAUGCUGCUGAUGUCGACCCUAACGGCCGUGCAACGCUUUCGUUACAAGCUUCUGGGGCUGGUUCCUUUGGGACUGAGGCGCAAGAUAUUUCCCAAUCAGGAGGAUCUCUUCUUCAAGAACACCGAGGUGCAGUUUAAUGAUCCACACGUGGAGCGCGUACGCAGAGCUCAUCGCAAUGACAUGGAGAACAUUCUGCCGUAUUUCAUCAUGGCCCUGAUCUACAUCAGCACCAAUCCGGAUGCCACGGUGGCCUGCAAUCUGUUCCGUGUGGCCUCCGUGGCCCGCCUAGUGCACACGCUGGUCUACGCCGUGUAUCCUGUGCCGCAGCCAGCCCGGGUUAUCGCCUUUGCCAGCAUGCAGCUCAUCACGUUUUACAUGGCCGCCGUUGUGGCCUUGCGCACACUUAGAUUUAUCUGAACUGUAGCGCUAUCUCUCUCUCUCUCUCUCUCUCUCUCUCUCUGUAUUAGACAAGAACGCAUUUGGCCCGAACCGAUUUGACUUUCAAUUAAGUUACGACUAUAAUAA